CAGCGGCCGUCCCGCGCCGUCUCUGCGGCAGCAGGUCCCGGGCCCUGGUUCCGGCCUCACCCUUCCCGGGGGUCGCCCGCUCCGCGUUAACUCCACGAUUUCGUCCUCUGCUUAGGCCCUCAGCGCUCCCUCCUCCCAUGAGGGACUUCCAAAUCUCCCUCUCUCUGUCUCUCCUCUCUCAUUGAUUUUAAGAGCUGUGUUUGCCGAUGGACACAAAUGCAUCAGUGAGGAGAAAGAGCCAGCUGUAGAGGUGUCUGCAGAGGAAGCAAGACAGCCAGCUGUGGUCACCCAUUCUAGUGUUAACCGCAAAUUUCAUGGGCCGGAAGUGCUUUCUUAAACCUGGUCUAAAUCUAUCCUGUUUCCAGCACUUCUCUGUCUAUAGCUGUUUGUUUGCCUUCUGAUUGGGAACACUGGGAUCACUUCCAUCAUGCCAACAGUGGUGGUAAUGGACGUAUCCCUUUCCAUGACCCGACCUGUGUCCAUCGAGGGGUCUGAGGAAUAUCAGCGUAAGCACCUUGCAGCCCAUGGUCUGACAAUGCUGUUUGAGCACAUGGCCACAAACUACAAGCUAGAGUUUACAGCUCUGGUGGUUUUUUCGUCACUCUGGGAGCUGAUGGUGCCCUUCACAAGAGAUUACAACACCUUACAGGAAGCACUAAGUAAUAUGGAUGAUUAUGAUAAAACCUGCUUGGAGUCUGCAUUGGUUGGUGUUUGCAACAUUGUUCAGCAAGAAUGGGGUGGUGCAAUCCCUUGCCAGGUUGUUCUGGUGACGGAUGGCUGCCUUGGCAUUGGUAGAGGGUCACUGCGUCAUUCCCUAGCUACGCACAGUCAGCGAAGCGAGAGCAACAGGUUUCCACUACCUUUUCCUUUCCCAUCUAAGUUAUACAUCAUGUGCAUGGCAAAUUUGGAGGAGCUUCAGAGCACUGAUUCCUUGGAUUGCCUUGAACGUCUCAUAGAUUUAAACAAUGGUGAAGGGCAGAUUUUUACUAUUGAUGGCCCCCUGUGCUUGAAAAAUGUACAGUCUAUGUUUGGAAAGCUGAUUGAUCUGGCAUAUACGCCUUUCCAUGCUGUUCUCAAGUGCGGCCACCUGACGGCAGACGUGCAAGUCUUCCCCAGGCCAGAGCCUUUUGUGGUAGAUGAGGAGAUCGAUCCGAUCCCCAAGGUCAUUAACACAGAUUUGGAAAUAGUGGGAUUUAUUGAUAUAGCUGAUAUUUCAAGUCCCCCAGUUCUGUCCAGACAUUUGGUCCUACCUAUAGCACUUAACAAAGAAGGUGAUGAAGUAGGUACUGGCAUAACUGAUGAUAAUGAAGAUGAAAAUUCAGCCAAUCAGAUUGCAGGCAAAAUACCCAACUUUUGUGUCCUGCUCCAUGGCAGCCUAAAAGUGGAAGGAAUGGUGGCUAUAGUUCAAUUAGGUCCUGAAUGGCAUGGAAUGCUCUACUCCCAAGCUGACAGCAAGAAGAAAUCAAACCUCAUGAUGUCUCUCUUUGAGCCUGGCCCAGAACCUCUCCCAUGGCUAGGGAAAAUGGCACAGUUGGGUCCCAUUUCAGAUGCUAAAGAAAACCCUUACGGUGAGGAUGACAACAAGAGCCCAUUCCCCCUGCAGCCCAAAAACAAACGCAGUUAUGCCCAGAAUGUGACUGUCUGGAUCAAACCCAGUGGCCUGCAGACAGAUGUACAGAAGAUUUUAAGAAAUGCAAGGAAACUACCUGAAAAAACACAGACAUUCUAUAAGGAGUUGAACCGUUUACGCAAGGCUGCCCUGGCCUUUGGUUUCCUGGACCUGCUCAAAGGAGUGGCUGACAUGCUGGAAAGGGAGUGCACAUUGCUGCCCGACACAGCCCACCCUGACGCUGCAUUCCAGCUGACCCACGCUGCCCAGCAGCUCAAGCUGGCCAGUACCGGCAGCUCUGAGUACGCCGGCUACGACCACAACAUUACACCUCUCCAGACAGACUUCUCGGGGAGCAGCACUGAAAGAAUGUGAAGCUGACUUUGGGAGCCUACCUUCUUUUUUCAAGUGAGAAUGAUUUAAGGUAAAAACUUUUCCAGUCUGUCCACCUCUGCAAUACCCCCCUGAAGACCUCCCUGAGGCAGCCUCAGAAGCACCACUUGCUGGUCUGAAUGACUCUCUACAGGCUGAGAAGGGUACUGAUGGAUCCUUGGCUACUUGGGCUUUGACUUUCAGCGCAGACACCUGUUGCUCCCAUGAUGGGUACAUCUCCUGAGAAGCUUGAAGGACUGAUGAGCACAGAGCUCUCCCCCUUCCUCAGGAAACCUAAGCAAGGGUCCUCUGCUUCCCAAAAGGCAUCUUCUCUCUCAAUCCUAAGGACAGUUUCAAGCUUCUGUUCUUGGAAUGAACAACCCAGACUGUCUGAGACUUAAGUACAAGCCUUACACCACUAAGUGUUGGAACUUUUCUUAGAACUUGGGCAUAACUUGUUUCUUAGGUGCUUUGGUGUAUCUUUUAAACAGCAACCACAAAUGUAUAAAAUUAUUCCUGUUUCUUCAAGGUUUUUUUUUUUUAAUGAAAAUAUUUGAUUUUCUA